CUGCCACACAAGCAAACAAGCAAGCGGGGCGGUCGGGCUGGGCAGCAAUAAUGCGCACAGGAGCGGCAGUAAUGGCCGCGUGGUGCCACCACUGCCACUGCCAAUAGCAGCGGCAUUGCUGCGCUGCUGAUGCUUCGAGCCCACACACCUCCCGGUUCCUUGCUCCCUCCCUUCCCCGCGAGCCUCCGAAAUCUCGGCCCUCGGCGGCCCCGUUUCCGCCGGCUUCCGUUGGCCGCCGUGAUCCGUUGCAGACUUGCAGUUGCGGCGAGGGGAGGUGACGCGGCGGCACCAUGAGGUGGCUCAAAUCGUUGGUUGGGCUGAGGAAGGUGGAGAGGCAGCAGCGUCGCGAGGCGGAUGGAGACGUCGAGCAAAAGAAAGGGGAUGUCUACCAGUUUCAGUGGCAGGAUCAGCAUUUCCAGGAUAACGGUAGCCUUGUUAUACCAGAAGAGUUUCCUGAUGGAAAUGGUCCAUCAGAAGGCGAUUGUGAUGCGCCUUCGUGCUCAGGACCCGGAUUCAGCUCGCUUAGUAUGCCACUGCCUCAAACUGAAGAAGAGCUCAAAGAGAUCUGGGCUGCUACAAUUAUUCAGACUGUGUUUAGAGCCUUCCUGGCUAGGAGAGCCCGUCGAGCUUUAAAAGGACUGGUUAGGCUACAAGCCCUUGUAAGGGGUCAUAUAGUGAGAAAGCAAGCUGCAAUAACACUCCGAUGUAUGCAAGCUUUGGUCAGGGUACAAGCCCGUGUUAGAGCAAGGCGAGUUCGUGUGGCCUUGGAAAACCAGUCAGAUCAACAAGAUAAUGUAGAAGAGCAAGCGGAUGAUGCACAUGUUCGAGAAAUUGAGGAUGGGUGGUGUGAUAGUAUAGGGUCUGUGGAAGAUAUUCAAGCAAAACUGUUAAAGAGGCAGGAAGCAGCGGCCAAGCGUGAGCGAGCUAUGGCCUACGCUCUUUCUCACCAGUGGCAAGCAGGUUCAAGGCAACAUGCAGCCAUUACAUCAUAUGAAUUAGACAAGAACAGCUGGGGCUGGAAUUGGCUAGAGAGAUGGAUGGCUGUUCGUCCUUGGGAGAGUCGGUUCCUGGGCACUUAUGCAGCAGAUGGAAUUGCAAUCGAUACUGGAGCACAACACAGCGAGGGUAUUGCAACCAAGGCUCCAUACAAGAAACCUGUCAAGAAGCUGGCUUCAACUCUUCAUCCAAACAUGUUAAACCAGAAGGCCCGCCAGUCGAACUCAGAGGGAGGCUCCUCAUGUAACCAGUCUGGUGGUUCGGCAUCAGUUAAAUCGAAACUGAAAUUGCUACCCAGAGAUGUUUCUGAUGAAAUUCCAUCCGGUCCUUCAGGACUUGGUGUUAGGUGCAUUAGUAAUCCUAAAGAGAGGACCCGGCAUUUAGAUUUUAAGGGCAAUAAGAGGUUCUCCUUGCCUGUGACUGGUGUGGAAGCCGGCACACGCCUCACGAAUAAACCUGCGGCAUCUGCUGGUGGAUACAUGGUAGCUUUUGCCGGGAGGAAAUACGCGGCAAGGUCGCCUCCUGUUUUCGUCAGCAACAGCUCAUACACAGUAACUGGUUUCACCCUGGUCCUCGAGUUCCAGAAAGGCAUACUACAGAACUUCUUCUGGAAGACCGACGGCUGCUCGUCGUGCUCCGGGCAAUCUGAUUUCGCCUGCGUCGACCAGAGCUGCGCGAUCAAGACGUCGAGCUGCAAAGGCAACGGCGCCGGGCAGGUGGACUGCAGCCCUGGGAUACAGCUCGCCUUCUCCGGCACCGACAAGCACGAGGAGGUGCUCAACUCGUGGUACGAGGUGUCGAAGCUGCGGCAGUACUCUCUCUUCGGCCUCUUCUCCAACUUGAAGAACUCUCUCACGAAUCAGUUCAGCCAGUUCUUCUAGCCAUGUUCCCAUGCCCCCCGGCCAUCUUCCUCUACAACGUACAGCACCGUAAGGAAGGGGCAGGCGACAUUCAUAUACAUGUGUAUCCUCCCUCCUCUGCAACGUACAGCAUCAUCUCAAGGUAGGGGCAGGCGACCUUUGUAGCAUUUGGAGGCACAGGCAGUCAACAUUCGUGUACAUGUGUAUGUUUUUUUUCAUGUUACCGUUACGAUUAUGCCGAAUAGAGACAAUAAAUGACAAUUUAUGCCUAUAGUGUGAGCUAAUGUAUUUUGUGUCAGCUGUGUCAGCUGUAUGUAACGCAAGCUUUCGAUGGUUCGACUUAA